AUGGCCAAGUUCAAGCACAAGGUGCGGGGCAUAUUCUACGGGUGGACGCUGGGCCAGGAGGACGCCCAGAAGCCGAGCGGCGCCUAUGCGAGCGCGCACCUCGACUCCCUGGGGAAGCUGGCCCACCCUAUGCACGUCCCCCUCGGACCCGCGCCUCUACUCUAUGAAGGCAGCUUCGCAUCGUUGAGCUGCAUCGGAAAUUGGUUGGUCCAUUUGCCGCACGAGAACUCGCUCCACCCACCUCGCCGCAUCUCCUACUCUGCCCCCACCAAGAGAGAUCUCCGCGACUAUCUGCGCCAUCUCACACGAGCAUUCAACGUGAGCAGCAUGACGCCGGAUGUGCUGCUCCCGGAGGCGACGAACCACCACACGCUGGAAAAGAUCCUGCCGCACCGCCGCAACAGAUACCUGGGUGUGUCGGUCGAAGGCAACGUCUCCUUCAGCUGGCUCACCGAGGACUCCAAUCCGCUGUUUGAAUGCGUGACGUGGCCCAAGGUCUACCAGGGCAUCUACCUCCUGUUGGACGUGCACACGCGGGGCGAGGGAAGUGUUCUGUCGGAGCUCUCGCACAUGUCGGCCAAGGUGGCCGAGCACCUGCACCUGUCGACCUUUGACAAGCUCGAGAAGGACAGGCUCCGGCUACGCUCCGUCGCGAUGCAAAUGAUCAAGUACUCCCUGGGUAUGUCGAGCGAUGUGUGUAGCGGCAUGUCCGAAUAUGCCCAGUACUUCACCACCCUCAGAAAGGUGUUGAGCAUUCCGAGCGGCAAGCAGAAGAUCAGGGAGGAAAUUGAGCACGUGCUCAACAUCGUCGAAUCGGUGUACAUGGAGGAACAGCGGAGAAAGAAGCAAGAAGAGAAGAAGAACUCCAAGGAGCGGGAGCUGGCGCGACGCAAGAUCGAGAGCAUGAAGGAGGCCCGGCGGCAGCGCUUCGAGACUCUCAUCUCCAUCGCCGGAACGGUGACGCUGCCGCUGGUGCUGGUGGGCGGCCUGAUGGGGAUGAACCUGGACGACCUGCCUUCCGUGGGCUUCUGGCCCCUCAUGGGCUACUCGGCCCUGGCUUCCUUCAUCCUCUUCCUCCUUCUCAUGCUCUGGUACUCGAAGGUGCACAACUUCAUCUUCCGGCGGUUUUGGGCGCGCGACGCGGCAGUGCUGCGGCACCAUCACCAGCUGCCGACCGAAGUGGAGGAGGACUACGAGGACGAGGACGUGGAUCACUAUUACUACAACAACUACAGCAACACCAAUUACCACAACAGCAGCAACAACCACUACCACAACGUUGACAACCACUCCAGCUCCAGCUCGUACGGCGACCGACAAAACACCGGAGGCGACCCAUCGCUCGGCGACCCUCGCGCUCACGCCGCCGCCGCCGAGUCCGACACAACACCCCUCCUCUACCGCGGCUAG